CAGUGUUUAAAGAAAAAAAAAAGAAAAACAUUAUGGGCAAGUGACAAACGUAUGUGUAUAUAUAUACCAAAUAACUUGCAUCAAGGAUAUUCAUGUGUGCACCUACAUCACACACCAAUGACAUUCAUCUGAGGUUGUGCAGCAUGACUGAAUGAAGGGACUACAGAGGGUGAUUGACACCAGAUUUGCAUUGCUGGAGUGUUUGUGUUUUUAUACAUAAAAUUUCCAUUAAACCAUACGGACCUUCGGUGUACAGAAAGGAAUUGCAAACAUCAUGUAGUUCAGCAUUUUCCCUGGCGCAUAGACCAACAGUGCAACAACAUGAUAGACCUGCAAAGUGGUGAAGGGUCGAUAAAGUUCUACCUCAAUUUUGCCAUGCUGUAGUUCUUUACUUUAAGCCUAAGGAAAGAAGGUGAAACUGUGUGGAUUGAAUGUGACACCCAUGCCUGCAGCUGUCUUGUGGGUUAGGAGGCAUGUUAUCAAUGAAUACAGAAACCACUUUCCCCUCUAAAUUUUACAAGCAGUUUUACUGGUGAAAAUAUACAUGAAUAUUGCCAGUCAGCACAAUCAUAAACUUCUCAUAUUUUAUCCUUAGAAAAUAAAUUGCAUUUUUAUGCUUGGAAUGUAGACACAAAAGAUUAGGUGAAAUGAUGGUGGAGGGGAAGAUUGAUGUUUUACGCCAUGCCAGCAGCUUAGGCUACAUCAUGGCAAGGCAGUGACUGUAAUCAGAUACCACUUCACUUGAGGAGAAAGACCCCGUACCCUAGAUGAGAUCUGAACCCAGGACAGCCAAUCCUCACUGUAGUGGUGACAGGCAGUAACCGUUGUGCCACCAGACCACCCACAAAACCAUGGUAGAGAGGUAGAACAAGCGUUUACACUUGCUUUCCAUAUAAGAAGUUUACAAAAGAUGCUUAUACGUUCAUGCACCUCCUUCCCCUGAUACUAGUCGCUAGUCGAAGGGUAAUAUCGGAGACCGGGCCACACAAAGGGCAGGGGAGACACGGCCGUUCUUGAAAUCCAGCUCUGUAGUAAUAAUAGCUCGUUGCUGCCAUUACCUCUCUAGUCGCCUGCACCAUCACCAUUCUCUCUCGUGCAAAGGCAGCUGAGUUGUGUUCCACCCACCAACCCACCCACCCUGCAUUAGCCUCAGCGCACACAAUGUAACCGGCGAGCCCUGAUCGAAAUGUAAGCAAACGGUCGUACAACCUCAUGAGACAAAAAAAAAAAAAAAAAACCACCAAGAACCCCAAAACAAUUUUAGCAGGGAUCAGGGCUGGCAUUCUACUAUAGGCCUGGAGUCUUGCUGUCUCGACCACCUCCCAGUGUGUGUGUGCGCUCGCGCACUUGCGUGUGUGCGUCCCUCUCUCCCAUUUCUCUCUCUAUAAUCGAUGAUAACCGUUGGCCACAUGCCAGAGUUGCAGCCAGCAAGCGGUGGUCAUACAUUAUAGCUUCACUUAUUCUUCCUACGACCUACCGAUUCCCUGACUCCCGCAGCAGGCAGGGACGGGACAACAACAACCUCCACCAUGGACCGACACCAGUGGCUGUGCAACUUACUUUUUGUCACUUCCUUCCUCACAUUCAGACCUACGGUCGGGUCUGGGACGAAUCACUUCAAAAGCGACCGAUGCGAAUACGAUAUUGACCUCGAAAAAAAUUCCGUUCGCGCCGUGUGCGAAGGUGAGUCGUCUCACGUGCAAGUAUACGCCAAAACCGCCACCGUCAACGCCGCCAACGUCGAUGCGACAGAAAGGAUAAAAUAUUCUGCACACAGACCGGGAGGAGGAGGUGGUGGUGGAAAAGCUGCGCAGGACUGGAACGGGAUGGAGUUUCCCGGCCAAGCUCCCUUGCUGCCGGCCAGCUUUCUGAACGCCUCUAACGUGCUGAAGGAUAUUCAGCAAAACCUGGGUGUGGGCGCCGUGGCCAUGGCCAACAUCACGGCGAUGCUGAAUCGCGCCGACGCGACCCUUCGGAGCGAUCUGGAGGCCCUGGGGAGACUGGAGUCGCAGCCGGCGGCGUUCCGGGAGAGCGUGGCGGCGGCGUUCCGCAACCAGUACAAUUUCAUGAAGACCCUCAUCCUGACACAAAACGCCGAGUUGACGAAACUCAUCCAUGCCGUGGACCGGCUGGCCGGCGUGGCCAGGGACAGCAUCCAGAACACCAUCGACCUUUACGCCCGCACCACCUCGCAGCUGAUUCAGGUCAACCAAACCAUGCUAGUCAUGCGCAAGAUGUUCUACAGUGACAUCAGAAGACAGAAGGAAAAAAGCUCGGAGGAAAUCAAAAGCGAGAAGAAAAUAGACGAGUGCCCUCGCAUCAUUUCUGCUAUUGGGACUGGUGAAAAGUUGUCCGUGCAGUGGGAGAAUGGUGUGGUGAUGCGUGAUCCAACGGCUAGCCAAGAACGUCUGUGGGUCAUGACAGGAGGAGACACCUCCGAUCAGCUGCUUCAGUAUGACUCCGAACUGGAUCUUCGCUAUCACCUGGUUUCCAGGCAGUACUCCCUACCGUUUUACUGUGAGGGCACAGGACAUGUUGUGUACCGCCGAUCCCUGUACUGUCACAAAGCUGGGACUCGAUCCAUUUUAAAAUACAACCUGAAAAGGGGUUCGACGGCUGCCGAAAUAGAGCUACCCUCUGCUGGCAUUGGCAACACUUUCCCCUAUCGGUUUCGACUCAAAAGCGACAUCGAUCUGGCUGUGGAUGAAAUGGGUCUUUGGGUGGUCUACACUACAAAAGAAGCUGUGGGGAAAAUGAUCAUCAGCAAAUUAAAUCCCCGCACCCUAUCUAUUGAAAAGACAUGGAUGACAAGCUUUCCAAAGCAACUUGUCGGUAACACCUUCAUGAUAUGUGGUGUAUUGUAUGCAACAAACUCGCACACAGACACACCAACUUUCAUACGAUACAUAUAUGACACAAACACUCAGCAGGAGACUGUGUAUGAAAGCGCCAAAAUAAGUUUCCCGAAUGCUGUUGAUUACAACUCCACAGCACAGGCAAACAGUGUCAUGCUAGAUUACAAUCCUUAUGAAAAGAAACUGUACAGCUGGAGUAAAACAAACAUUGAAAUGUUUCCUGUGUAUUUUAAAAUGCCGCUUGACAAGAACUAAAGAUAAACCGAAUCAGAAGUCAUGUUUUAAAGACAAAGCAUAAUAGCAUUCCAGUGCAUAGCUUAGUAUCUUUGAUUGUUUUUUUUAGAUCACUGAAAAAUUUUGAGUAAACUUUAAGACAUCUUUAAAAUUAUCUGCUCAGAGGAGUAGUCAAGUUAUGUAAGUUGUUUUCAUUUAACCAAAUUAUUUAACAAGAAGGUGUGAAUGAGUAAUGUGACAAGAUAUUAGCUUAUGAUCACAUUUUGAUCAGGAGCUUUAAUGCUGGGCUAAAAAGACACCGUGUGCCACUUUUUGAUCAAUAAUUAAAUUCUUAAUUGGUGGCCAGAUUUAUGCAGGGGAAUUUCUUAUCAAACCUUAAUUAUAACAGCAAUGUUCAUCUUACAUGAAGUAAGCUUUAUGAGGCUUAUUGUAAGUUAGAUAUUGUACUAUUUAAUUUAAUGGGCUAGUGUCUGUGAAAUGGAUGUGCUGCUUUGUCGUAUAAGAUCUG